AUGGAGGACGCGGGGGUUGGGGUGGGCGGCAUGGAGGAGGGCAUGGUACAGCUGCAGCAGCGGCUGAGGUCGGCUGAGGCCAAGGCGGAAGAGGUGCUGCUGGUGAAGCAGGAGCUAGUGGACCUGGAUCGGCAGCGCAAUGCGGGCAGGGAGGCAGUCACAGCACUCAAGAAGCAUGCCAGGGGGGCGACUGCCAGGAGAGCAGCGGCGCGCAGGGAGGGGGGCUCUGGGGGAGGUGCAGCUGGGGGAGGUGCAGCUGGGGGAGGUGCAGCUGGGGGAGGUGCAGCUGGGGGAGGUGGAUCUGCAGAGGCGCACUGGCCACUUGUAACCCCCCUGCCUGCUGUGCCAGGUGGCACGUCGGGAUUGGAUGGGAGUUCGGAGUGUGCGGUGUGUGGGGCGGUGGGGCAGAAGGAGCGAGUGUGGGUGGCGAUGGGUGGAGGGGAGAUGUUUGUGCGCAUGCCUCUGCAUCAUGCACACGUGCAUGUGAAGCAAGGUGAGCCAUGCACACGUGCAUGUGAAGCAAGGUGA